AUGUCUCGCUCUUUCUUUUGUUUUUUUUCCUCUUCCUUUCUCUCACUUCUCCACCUCUUCACUUCUCCACCUUCUUACCUCUCCGCUUCUUCACUUCUCCACCUCUCCGCUUCUUCACUUCUCCACCUCUCCGCUUCUUCACUUCUCCACCUCUCCGCUUCUUCACUUCUCCACCUCUCCGCUUCUUCACUUCUCCACCUCUCCGCUUCUUCACUUCUCCACCUCUCCGCUUCUUCACUUCUCCACCUCUCCGCUUCUUCACUUCUCCACCUCUCCGCUUCUUCACUUCUCCACCUCUCCGCUUCUUCACUCUCCACCUCUCGCUUCUUCACUUCUCCACCUCUCCGCUUCUUCACUUCUCCACCUCUCCGCUUCUUCACUUCUCCACCUCUCCGCUUCUUCACUUCUCCACCUCUCCGCUUCUUCACUUCUCCACCUCUCCGCUUCUUCACUUCUCCACCUCUCCGCUUCUUCACUUCUCCACCUCUCCGCUUCUUCACUUCUCCACCUCUCCGCUUCUUCACUUCUCCACCUCUCCGCUUCUUCACUUCUCCACCUCUCCGCUUCUUCACUUCUCCACCUCUCCGCUUCUUCACUUCUCCACCUCUCCGCUUCUUCACUUCUCCACCUCUCCGCUUCUUCACUUCUCCACCUCUCCGCUUCUUCACUUCUCCACCUCUCCGCUUCUUCACUUCUCCACCUCUCCGCUUCUUCACUUCUCCACCUCUUUAUCUUUCCACCUCUCCACCUCCCCACCUCUUGAAAAGUAAGUCUCGAUCGCAGUCCUUUGCCAAAUACAUUCACACACAAGCACGCACGCACACACUUUUUCCGUCUCUCCCUGUGACUCUUUAUGUCCAUCCCUAA